UGCAUUCACCCCUCGACCCAUGAUGCUGCCCGACUUACAAAAAACAGGUGUCCUGAGGGGUGUCGCUCUCCGUUCACAGAAGAUAGGGCGCUUGCCUGGACCAGGGCGCUCGACACUUCCCCGUUCCAGGAAGACAAUGGAGGAGCCCGUGCUCAUGCCUCAGGAGCGGACACACAGGUUCAGUCUGUGCCUGUCUCUGGGAUGGAUGAGUCUGGGAGAUAUGGACGCAGAGCGAGAAGCCCUGCAGUGCUCCGCCUACCCCGAAGUGCAGAGCUUCUGUGGGAAACAUGGCCUGACCUUCGAGGUGGUUGAUCUGAGGUGGGGUGUCCCGAACACACAGGCCACUGACCACUUGACCACAGAACUCUGCUUAGAAGAACUUGAACGCUGCCAGAAAACAUCCAUAGGACCAGCUUUUGUGGCUCUCCUGGGCGACCAGUAUGGCCCCUGCCUGGUUCCCCAACGGAUCGAGGAGAAAGAGUGGGAAGCGCUAAGGGCCCAGCUAACCUCCAGGCCUCGGGAUCUGGAGCUGGUGGCCAGGCAUUUCCGGAGGGACGACAACGCCAUCCCCCCCACCUACGUGCUGCAGCCUCCGGGCUCUGUGGAGGCCCCAGGGCCCGAGGAGGCCACCUUGACCUCUGUCCUGCGAGGCGGAGCUCAGGAGGCCUGGAGGCUGGGCCUCAUCAGCCAGGAGCAAUGGAAGUGUUACAAUCGAUCAGUCAUUGAGUGGGAGAUCGAGCAAGGCCUCCUGAGCUCAGCACAAGGGGACCAGGGAGCGACCAUCUUCCUGAGAGAUGUACAGGACCUCAGUAAACACAUUUUGGACGAUUGUUCUCUGAAGAUGGUGGAUCGGCUGGCGGAUGGCUGCCUGGACACCGGAGCCCAGACUCUUCUCAGUGGCCUUAAGGAACGAAUACUGGAAACCCAGCCUGGAGCCCUAAAGUCCCACCGCCUGCCCUGGAGCCGCGACCUGGUCAAUCCCAAGAACAAGGCUCAUGCCCGCUACCUGAAGGAGCUGAGUGAGCAGUUCGUGGCCAGGACCAACCAUCAGGUCCUGGAGCAACUUCGAGAGCUGGAGUCAGCCAGACAGGAGCUGGGCUGGCUCUACCAGGAGAUCCGCCACCACCUCUGGCGCAGUACAGAGUCCACCAGGAUCUUCUGUGGCCACCAGGAGCUCCUGGCCCAGCUGGGGCAGCGGCUCAGACAGGAUGACAGCCGGCCCCAUACUCCGCUGGUUCUCUUCGGUCCACCGGGCAUCGGGAAGACGUCCCUCAUGUGCAAGCUAGCCGAGCAGGUACCAAGGCUCCUUGGCCACAAGACGGUGGCCGUCCUGAGGCUGCUGGGGACAUCAAAGAUGAGCCUGGAUGCCCGAAGCCUCCUCAGGAGCGUGUCCUUUCAGGUGUGCUUGGCCUAUGGCCUGCCACUGCCCCCAACCCAGGUCCUGGAGGUCCACGCCAGGGUGGGCCACUUCUUCCACACCCUCCUCCACACUGUGUCUUGGAGGAACUUUGAGUCUCUGGUGCUGCUCCUGGACUCCGUUGAUGAUCUAGAUUCCACACGCCAUUCUCGGAGGGUCUCCUGGCUCCCCCUCAGGUGUCCCCCAAAGGUGCAUCUCAUCCUCUCUACAUGCUCAAGCCAGCAGGUGUUGCACACCCUGCAGCAGACCCUCAAGGACCCCAGCGCCUACUGGGAGGUGAAGGCCCUGUCUGGAUGUCAAGGACAGGAGUACAUCCAGCUGCUGCUGGCUGCAGAAAGGAGGACGCUGAGCCCGGCUCAGAGGGAUGUCCUCUGGGCCAGCCUCCCAGAGUGCGGCCACCCAGGGCGGCUAAGGCUGGCCUUUGAGGAGGCCCGGAAGUGGGCCUCCUUCACUGUGCCAGUGCCCUUGGCCACCACAGCUGAGGAAGCCACUCACCAGCUCUGCAUCCGCCUGGAGGAGACCCACGGGCAGCUGCUGGUGGCCCACGUGCUGGGCUACAUUGUGUCUUCCAGGUACGGUCUCUCAGAGGCGGAGCUGAAGGAUGUGUUGUCUUUGGAUGAUGAGGUCCUGCAGGUCGUGUACCGGGACUGGACACCGCCUAGCAAGGAGCUCCUGCGCUUCCCGCCCCUGCUGUGGGUGCGGCUCCGCCGGGACCUGGGACACUGCUUGACCAGGAGGCCCGUGGAUGGUUGCACGCUGCUGGCCAUCGCGCACAGACAGCUGUCCAAGGUGAUCCGGGUUCGAUACCUGUCUGGGCCUGAGAGAUCCAAGAGACACGGUGUGCUAGCUGAAUUCUUCUCUGGAGCCUGGAGCCAGGGCACCAAGAAACUCAUCACCUUGCCCCUCGUGGGGAAGCCCCUAAACCUGGACCGCAAGGUGGCCCCACAACCACUGUGGUUCUCAGGCACAGUCGCCAACCGGAGGAAGCUGACAGAACUGCCCUUCCAUCUGCUGCACGCGGGCCGCAUGGAGGAGCUGAAGCAGGAGGUGCUGGGGAACAUGAGCUGGAUCUCCUGCCGGAGCAUCUCUGGGGGCAUUGAGGACCUGCUGGAUGACUUUGACAUGUGUGCCCCUCACAUGGACUCUCCUGAGGUCGAUCUGAUCAGAGAAGCCCUCCAGCUGUGCCGCCCUGCUGUGGAGCUCCGGGGCAUGGAGAACAGCGUCCUGUACACCGAGAUCCUGGCCAGGCUCCUUUACUUUGCUACGUCCCAUCCAGCGAUGAUCGGGCAGCUGUGCCAACAAGCCCAGAGCUGGUUCCGGGCCUGCCCACACCCAAUGCUGGUGCCCCUGGCAGGAUUCCUACAGCCACCCGGGGGACGGCUUCGGGCUACUCUCACUGGCUGUCACAAAGGCAUCACCGCCGUGGCAUGGAGCCUGGAAGAGAAGCUCCUGGUGGUGGGCACCCAGGAUGGCGUCAUGGUCGUGUGGGAUGUGGAGGAACAACAGGUGGUCCAUGUUCUCACGGGACACACAGCUGAGGUGAGGUGCAUUCAAGUGUUUGCCCAAGGGACUCUCGCCGUCUCUGCAUCGAAGGACCGUACCCUGCGCCUGUGGAACCUGCUCUCUGGCCAGGAGAAAGUCAUUAUUUUGGACAGAGGCUCACCAAAUCCCACAGAGCCUCAGAGCUGGGACCUCCACGUGGAUGAGAUAAAGAAAGUCGUAUACCUGACAUCUGGUGCAAAGAUCAACGUGUGGAGUCUGGAAACUGCGAAGCUGGUUUUCUGCGUCCCGGGAGAUGCCUCCGAUCCCUGGGCCUGUGUGGCGGUGCUGGCUGCCCAGGGCAUGCUGCUCACUGUGUCCAAGGGUGGCCAGGUCAGUCAGUGGGACUCAGCCACGGGGAAACUGCAGGAAAGACGGCAGUUGUCCAGCAUCCAAGAGGAGAUGCCCACCUGUGCCGUCUCCAUCCAGACACGGGCAAAGCUGGUCGCUGGUUUCAGCAGCGGCUCCAUCUCCCUGGUUUCCUCUGGAGAAGACAGGCUGCUGGAGAAGCUUCCGGAAGCCGUGGGGUUCCUGGUGGUGUCUGCAGACGACUCCGUUCUGGCCGCAGGCUUUGGAAGAUCUGUGCGGAUUUUCUUGGCUGACUCACAAGGCUUCCACCGGUUCAUGGCCACGGAUCUGGAACACGAGGAUGUGGUGGAGACAGCGGUUUUGGGGCCUGAGAACAAUGUGAUCAUCACUGGCUCCCGGGAUGCACUCAUCCAGGUGUGGAGUCUGUCAGAACAGGGGGCCCUGCUGGACGUCCUGGAGGGCGUGGGCGCCCCUGCGAGCCUGCUGGUCCGGGGUGGGACUCUGGUGGUGUCUGCGUCCUGCAAGUCUUCAUCUUUAAAAGUCUGGGAUCUCAGGUCCACCCAGAAGCCAAGGUCUCCUGCUCCCUUUCUGGACCGCACAGGCCUGGCUGCGGUGUCCCAUCAUGGCAGCUACAUCUACUUCCCCAAGGUCGGGGACAAAAACAAAGUCACGAUUUGGGACUUGGCAGAAGGUGAGGAGCAGGAUUCCCUGGACACGUCCAAUGAGGUCCGGUGUCUGGAAGUGGCCGAGCAGGCUAAGCUCCUCUUCACAGGCCUGGUCUCGGGGAUCGUGCUUGUGUUCCCCCUGAAUUCCAGGCAAGAUGUGCUGUGUAUACCCCCGCCCGAGGCCCGCAAAGCUGUCAACUGCAUGUCCCUGAGCAAGAGCGAGGACCGGCUGGCCAUCGCCUAUGACAACAUCGUCCUGGUGCUGGACAUCAGCCCCGGAGACCCAUGUCCCGCCAUCGAGGGCCCCACCUACACCUUUUACACCCAGCUGCCCGAGACCAUCGCAAGCGUGGCCGUGCUGGCCGACUACCGCGUGCUCUAUGGCAUGACUGACGGCGGCCUCUUCCUGUACGACUGUCCACGGUCCAAAGUGUUCCCCCUGGAGGCUCACAGGAGCAGGGUGAGCUGCGUGGAGGUCAGCCACGGGGAGCGGCUGGCAGUGAGCGGAGCCGAGGAUGCGCUGCUCUGUCUCUGGGACCUGCAAGCUUGCAGGGGGAUGUUCGAGAUGAGCUACGAGAGCUCCUACUGCAGAGGGGUACGGUGUGCCUGCUUCUCCAAGGACGACAAGUACGUUUUCGCAGGCAUGAAGGACCGCUCCAUCAUCGCCUGGAGUGCGCUGGACGGCACCCUGCUGGCCGUCCAGUUUGUCCACGCUGUGGUCAGCCGAAUCAUCCCCACCUCCAAUGGCUUCAUGGCCCCCACGAGCCACGGCUAUCUCAUCAGAGAACGUUUCCAGUGCCCAUCAGCCAGAGCCUCCCAGCAAGACCCUCUCAGGAACUUCAAGAAGGCAGUGUGGUUGGUCAAGACCAGGCGAAGGGAAGAGCAGGUAGCCGCAGCAGAGGCCUCCCAGGACACAGGAUCAGUGGCCGAGGAGGGAAAGGAAUCGAAAUCGAAUAAGCGCUCACAGGUCUGCCUGAUACUGUGAAGGCCCACGGAGCCCAGGAACGCAGCGGGUUAGCCUUGACUCAUCUGGUUGAUGCAAACUGACCAACUCUGCUGGUGCCAUGUGGACCCCAGACCUCCCUCUGACAUCUUCCAUGUUUCCCACCUCUUCUGUGGGGUUCUCAGACCUGCCCCUCUCAGGGAGCAGCAGCCUGCAUCUCCCACCCUAACCCAAGCCUUGGAUCCAAGCCUUGGCUCUGCCUCUGUUGGUCCCAAUGGGCACAGCUCUCAUCCUGAGCCAAUCGCCGGCUCCGGGAGGAUAUGUAAUCACUGUGGGGACCAUGAGUGACCCAUCGGAGAGCAACACUGUGUGGCAGACAGUGACAGACUUCGGGGACGUGGUGGCCACUGUCCUGUCUUGGAUGGCAGUGACCACCCAGAAUCCACAUGGCAAAGCCAGCCUGUGUCGCAGGUCUUUCCUUUUCUGUGUGUGAAGCCAGAGUCCUGGACUGUCUGUCACACCACGCACACGCUCGCCCUUUUGAAAGUGGUGGUUGGCCCACGUGGUCACAGUUAGCCUGUCUGUAGCUCCUGCUCUGCCUGUGACUCGAAAUGUGUGUACAAAAUCCACUCUAGCUGGUUGGCAGCUUGGCCUUCAAUCCCAGCACUCAGGAGCCGGAGACAGGCGGACUCUUGUGCGUUCCAGGCCAGCCUAGUCUAGAGUGAGUUCCAGGACAGCCAGAAAGAGAUCCUGUAGAAAAAGGAGAGGGCUGGGGAUUAGCUCAGUGGUAGAGCACUUGCCUAGCAAGCACAGGGCCCUGGGUUCGGUCCUCAGCUCUGGAAAAAGGAAGAAAAAAGAAAAUGGAAAAAAAAAGAAGGAAGGAAGGAAGAAAAAAGAAAAAUAAAGAAUCCAUGUGGGCUAGGGCUGGCUCAGGGCUUAAAGCAUCUGCAGUCCCGGUGUGAGAACUAGAGACCUCUCCAACCCUCAGAACCCUUCAGGCUCAGCCCCAGAAUGUAGAGACAGGCUGUUCUCGGUUCAUUCUGCUGCGUGACGAAAACACCCUGACCAAGAGCAACUGCAGGGAGGCAUUCCAGGCCACAGGCCACCGCCGAGGGGAAAGAACUCAAGCCGGGACGGAACAGGCUGCUGGCUAUUGCGCACGCACGGCGUGACCUCUGGCCAGGGGACGCACUGGCCAAGGAAGUCAGCAGUGUCCUGGUCACUGUCCUGUUGCUGUCAAAAGGCAACUCAUUUAAAAAGAAGCAUUUCAUUGGGCUGGCUUACAGUUUCAGAGGCUUAGUCCAUUAUCACCAUGGCGGGGAGCGUGGAGGCGUGCAUGGCGGACAUGGUGCUGGAGAAGCAACAGAGAUAUAUUAUGAUCUGCAGACAGACAGGCAGAGAGGGAGAAGGAGGGGGAGAGAGAGGGGGAGAGAGAGGGAGGGAGGGAGAGAGAGAGAGAGAGAGAGAGAGAGAGAGAGAGAGAGAGAGAGAGAGAGAGAGACUGGGCCUGGCAUGGACUUUUGAAACCUCAAAGCCUACCCCAUGAUACUUCCUCCAACAAGACCACAUCUAACCACUGAAAUCCUUUCAAACAGGCCUGGUGGCCAAACAUUUGAAUAUAUGUCCCUACCGGAGUCGUUCUCAUUCAAACCACCACAGGCAGGAACCAUGGAGGGUGCUGUGUCUGGCUUUCUCUGGAUCAUUAGCUUUCUCUUACAGCCCCAGAACCACCUGCCCAGGGAAUGGUGCCACCCACAACGGAUUCCCGCCUACAUCAGCUAACAGUCAAGACAGUCCCCCAUGGAAGAGCCCAUAGACCAAUCUGAUCUGCGCAGUGCUUCAAUUGGGACUCGCUUGUCAGGAGACUCUAGGCUGUGUGAAGUUGACGGUUAAAGCUGAACAUUCUGGCUAGCUAAGCUAGACACAUCUUUGAGUUCUGGGUUUGAUUAAGAGACCCUGCCUCAGUGAAUAAGGUGGAAGAGGAAUCAAGGAAAAUUGCUGACUCAACCUCAGGCCUCCCUUCACAAAUACACAUGCACGCACACACACAGAAUCUUAUCGGGCCUCCACAAACACACACACACACACACAGCACGCACGCGUCAGUGCUGCAAUUGAACUCUUGAUCUUCCCACCUCCACUGUUGGACCACAGUCGUGACCAUGCUCAGCUCCCUGACACACAGGACACACCAGCAUCUCCCUGUUUGCUGCCGACCCUCUGCCCUGAAAUGGCUCUCUCCACUGUGCCCACAGCCGUCUGCUGAGCCUGGCUUGUGCCUGGAGCCCUGCUAUAGUCAGACUUAGAGGGAGGGCUCCCCUCACUCCCUGGGACCCUAGUCAGACUCAGCAAUGCAUCCGUAGGAAAGAGACCUUUACUCCUUGGUGUUGGAGAUGGAACCCAGGGCUUGUUAGCCAAGUGCUUUACAGAGAGCCACGCCCCCAGCCCCUCCCUGAGGGAUUCCAGGUAGGAGCUCUGCUGCUGAGCCAUAGUUCCAGCUUCAAAGUGAGACUUUUGAAGAUAUCUCAUUCAGUUAUUUCCCGAAUGAGGGUUCCAAAAUGCACACUUCGGCAGUUCUGAAAAUGUUAGUGUCAAAUUUCAUUUAAAAAAUAAGCCGGGCAGUGGUGGCGCACACCUUUAAUCCCAGCACCUGGGAGGCAGAGGCAGGCAGAUCUCUGUGAUUUCGAGGCCAGCCUGGUCUACAGAGCGAGAUGCAGGACAGGCACCAAAACAACACAGAGAAACCCUGUCUCCAAAAACAACAACAACAAAAAUAAUAAUAAUAGUCUGGAGAGAUGGCUUAGCAGUUAAGCUUCAUGCUGCUCUUGCUGACUCGGUGAAUAAUGACACUUCGUACGCAACCCUGAUGGCCUGAGUUCAGUCUCUGGGACCCACAGAGUGGAAGGAGAGACCUGACCUCACACAGUUGCUCACUGACUCCACACACUCACCAUGCCGGUCACACCGCCCCCCCCAUCAUGCACACAUACAACAAUAAUAAUAAAUUUAAAGAUAUAUUUUAAGCCUUAGCUUAAAAAUAUAUGCUCAGGUGCAUUGAACAAUAACUUUAGAUUUUUUGAAUAGUAUUUUAUUUUUAUUAACCUAUUAACUGUAUAUAUUCAUGGGACCCAUGAGAUUUUUCAGCAUGAAUGCGGCACACACUCAUCAGUUUAUCCACCUUCACCUCUGUCCCAAGCUGGUCCUCACGGUUCCAUGUCCUUUGAAGUCCAGUGUAUGGGUGAGGAAAUGUGGCGCUGUCAUUCUGCGUCGACUUCAUGGAGCGUGAUGUCCUGCAGUUCUGCAUGCCUGUUUUGCUACACAUGACCAUCUUUCGUGUUCUCCUCUGUGGCCACAUACCAUUCCAUCAUUGAGAUACCACACAUUCUUUUUCCAUCUGCUCCAGUGUUGGCGAUUGCUAGUUUAGGAAGUCUCCCACCAUUUAACUGAAGGAUCCUUAGCUUAAGCAGAGAGCCCUUGAGGGGGGAAGGCUACUUUUUUGCCCCCCCUUCUUUCCUUUUUUGAGACAGGGUUUCUGUGUAGCCCUGACUGUUGUCCUAGAACUCACUCUAUACACCAGGCUGGCCUAGAACUCACAAGAGAUCUGCCUGCCUCUGCCUCCCCAGUGCUGGGAUUAAGGCAUGUGCAUGAUCAGGUUUAAUCAAUGUGGAAAGGAUGCAUUUGUCAUAACAGGGAAAGUUUUGAUGUACAGCGUUUGGCCUCAAAUUCCAGUGUCUGGGGCAUGGCCACGCAGGCAGUUAAUCCCAGCUGUUGGGAGGGAGAGGCAGGAGGAUCUCUGCGAGUUUGAGGCCAGCCUGGUCUACAUAGCAAGACCCUGUCUCAAAAACACAACAAAAAAUAAAAUUUCUGUGUUCACUGCAA